CACAACGUCACUUCCGCCUAUAUUCGCCUGCAAAAACAAAGCAAAGGAGGCUAAAUUUGAUCAUUUUGCGUCAAGCUUAAUUUCUGUCUCCUAAUCGUGUGUUUGAUCUUCAUCAAUACUGAAGUGCAGAGGUGUCACGGCCUCAGUAUGAAGGGCCCCAGUGAAGAAAGUGAAGUGAUGGAAGAGGAUUCAACACCUAUUGACUCAAACAAUGAAGAGCUCCCACCUUACCUGCGUGAAGAACCACCUGAGGACUUGGAUAAGGAUCACCCUAAGAACGAAGCCGGAGUCGUGUGGAGAGUUACGGGCGGACUGUUCAACUUUACCAAAGGAGCGGUGGGCGCCACACUCGGGGGAGUGGCUUGGGUAGGCUGCAAAAGCUUUGAGCUGACCAAGACGGCCGUGACGAGCGUUCCCGCAGCUGGAGUGGGAUUGGUCAAAGGCGGCGUCUCCGUGGUAACAGGAGGAGUCGGGGCAGUGGGGUCUGCAGUGGCCGGUAAAGUUACACCAAAGAAAAAAGACAAGUCGGAUUAGAUUGUCUACUCUCUCCCACCCUCGGUCUGAUUCGAUGGAUGUCUAAGUGGUUUGUUCUUCUCACGUUCAAGAGGUUUGGAAAGCCAAUGGCAGAUUCAUUUAGCCCACUGGGAAAAAAUGCCGUCUCUGAAAAAUCCUUCUUUAGUUACUAUAAAGGUUUGGACGACAUGAGCACAAACACAUUUUGACCAACAUUAGAAAUCCCAUGUUAGGGUACAGGUACAUGGAUCUUUGCGUAUUUGUUUGUAAUUGUUUGCGUGUGUGUUUUGUGUAAUUUAAUAGUUUGUCUGAAUUAUAAGUAUGAUUUAUUUUUAGGUUGAAGAGGGAUCAAAUGGUGAUAUCAGACGUAUUCUUUAAAACCAUCAUUUUGUUUCAUGUCAUCUCCAUCAAUUGUUAUAAGCUAAUUUGCUAUGUUAAGUCCAAAUUCACCAUCAUCAACACAAUACUUUGUUACAAUUUCAAACACUCUUAUUUGUGAAGUGCACGCAGUUAUUAUAUUUCUAUAUGAAGUAUCGAUCGAGCACACUUCACAGUUCCUGGAAUAUGUGAGCAAGUAUUAUUGUUAUUUAAUUGAAUAAACACGUGAAACUAGGUUACCCGGUUGAUCUAAUAAUGUGGGAUUUAGACUACAUACUUUUAUAAUGUUCGCUCUUGGCCGUGUAAAACACUUUGUAUGGGCAGCCGUGCAGCUUCUAUUAUUUGAAUCACAGAAAAGCACACGCUCUCAUUUAGAUUACGGUCAAUGUACUGUAAUGGCAGCGAUUCAGACAACGUUUAAAUGGUAUAGAUUGUUACCUUGAACAAAAUGCAUCAUU